CCCGCCCCCGACCGCCCCACAGCCGCGGUGCCCGGCGGCCGCCCCUACAUCUGCAGCGAGUGCGGCAAAGCCUUCGGGCAGUGGUCGAAGCUGGAACGGCACCGCCGGAGCCACACGGGCGAGCGCCCCAACGCCUGCGGCGAGUGCGGCAAGCGCUUCGCCCAACGCUCCCACCUGGCCCAGCACCUCCGCACCCACACCGGCGAGCGGCCCUACAAGUGCGCCGACUGCGGCAAAGCCUUCGGCUGGAGCUCCAACCUGGCCCAGCACCGGCGCACCCACACCGGCGAGCGGCCCUACGCCUGCGGCGAGUGCGGCAAGGCCUUCAGCCAGAGCACCAACCUGGUCAAGCACCAGCGCGCCCACGCCGGCGAGCGGCCCUACGCCUGCGGCCAGUGCCGCAAGGCCUUCUACCGCAGCUCCGACCUCCUCCAGCACCAAGCCAGCCACUCCGGCGAGCGGCCCUACCGCUGCGGCCAGUGCGGCAAAGCCUUCGCCCAGCGCGCCAACCUCCUGAAGCACGGCAAGACGCACGGCGGCGAGAAGCCCUUCCGCUGCGGCGAGUGCGGCAAAGGCUUCGUGCAGAGCUCGGAGCUGAUCCAGCACCAGCGCAGCCACAGCGGCGAGAAGCCCUUCGCCUGCACCGAGUGCGGCAAGCGCUUCGGCCACGGGGCCACCUUGGCCAAGCACCGGCGGCUCCACCUGGGCUUGCAGCCCCACCGGUGCGGCGAGUGCGGGCGGGCCUUCGGGCUGCGCUCGGCGCUGGCGCGGCACCAGCGGGCGCACGGGGAGGAGCGGCCCUUCGCCUGCGCCGAGUGCGGCCAAGCCUUCGCCCUGCGCUCCAACCUGGCCCUCCACCGGCGCACCCACGCCGGCGAGCGGCCCUACCGCUGCGGCGAGUGCGGCAAGGCCUUCGGCAUGAGCUCCACCUUGGUGCGGCACCAGCGCAUCCACACCGGCGAGAAGCCCUACGGCUGCGGCGAGUGCGGGCGAGCCUUCGUGCGCAGCGCCCACCUGGAGCAGCACCGGCGCACCCACACCGGGGAGAGGCCCUACGGCUGCGCCCGCUGCGGCCGGCGCUUCAGCCAGAGCUCCAACCUCAUCACCCACGAGCGGGUGCACCUGGAGGAGGCGCACGGCGCGGCGGCGGCGGCGGCGCGGGCGGCGGAGGCCGAGGAGGAGCCGGGUUUGGAGGGGGAGAAGGACAGGAGAUGA